AUGGAUCAAAUGCUCACUAAUAAAGUCAAUGACAUGACCAGCAAUCUGCGCUGCAUAAGUCCGGAAUCAAAAAAUAGCUCAGAAGACUUAGAAAUACCCAACAGGGUCGCCUCGCCGUCCAGUUCGUCGUCUUCAGUUGUAAACAAGGCCCAAAUAUCAAAGAAAAAGUCUCAAAACGUGAGGGCCUGCGAUGCAUGUGCAAUAAGAAAGGUCAAGUGUGAAGCUAAGAGACCUUGUCACCACUGUCUUACGAAUAAUUUAAAAUGUACACAAUUAAGAGCACGGAAGAAAAGUGGUCCCAAAAAGUUGCAUCAAAAAACUAUUGAUUCUAUUAAUCAUAUCAGCGACGCAAAGGAUAGUCCUCAUUUACCUCAAAGGCCACCUUUGUCAAACACAUCUAGUACAAAUACUGUACCUUUAGAACACUCAGAUAAUGGAUUCACUGACUACGCUAUAUCUCCCACCGUAUUGAUCGAGACAUUGGCUCUCAUGAAUGAUGAGCCGAUCGUCUUAGAACUUAUGAAACCAUUGACGGUUCAGUCUUUGUUAAUGAAUAGCGUUAAUUUAAUGGACUACCUUAGUGCCACCUUCAGAGGCUCUAUGAGUAACGAAAUUACAUAUUCAAUGGAUCAUAGUGAUUCACUUAGUAUAUCAAAACUUCUUGUUAUAGUAACGCUAAGCUUAUUAAUACUGGUGAAUUUGGAAAAGCUAAAUAUAUUAAAGUUUAGCCUGUUUGCUUUGAAGCAUCGAAAUGAAAACCUUACGAAUAAAGAUUAUUGGCAGGAUCUUGAAAAUUCAUUGAAAUUGAAAAUCACUGAUCUUUUAGCAGCUAUUGAUCGCAAUCUCGUGUUCCCUUCUUCAAAUGCAUGCGGAAAUGAACAUCAAACGUACUAUAACUUAUCUAUAUCUGCGAUUCAUUUGUAUGUUUAUUAUCAAAUUCUAAGAAUGGAUCCUUUUGAUAGUGAAAUGAGAGAUCAGCAGAAAUUGAUUCACUUAAGGAAAGCAAUCACUUAUUUUCAAUUGAUCAACUUUCCUCAAAAAAAUGAAUUAGGUAUUAUUCAACUUUUUGAGUUAUACGAAUACUUGUAUACUAUCGAAAGAUUUCGUAUAUUCUUUUCGAGCAAUGUUACUAUUUUAAACAAUAGUAGUCAACUAAUGUUGAGUGAGAUGAAAAACAUGAACUUUAAAAUUCUGAACGAGUUCAACAAAAACGUUUUAUUUGAAGUAUUCAAAACUUUAACGAAGGACCAUGUAUUUGAAAAUGACAGGGUUCAAAGAAUUGCGAAACUGAAUGCCGUCCAUAUGUCAAAAUUCAGCUUCGCUGAAAAUAACCUGGCUUAUUCUAAGUAUAAUGAUGUCAAGUUUAAAUUGUAUGAUAUUACUAAUAACGAACCUCACACAGAAAUUUUGAAACAAAUCAUACUUUUUAAAUUGUCGCUUAUAGACCAAUCCGAACUUUCCAGAGAAUCCAUCAAAAUGGAGUGGAUGAAUAUCGUUAUGCAAUUGAAUAAUCUAAUCAAUCCUCAAAGUGAAAUUCUACAAAUACAUGUUUCAAACUACCAAAUGUUACCACACUUAAUUCAAAUACUUCUUGCCAUCGUGGAGUUAGAAGGUGAUAGCUCUUUUGAAAACAACGACUUAGCUAUAUAUACUGGUAAAAUUGCUCGAUUUUUUCCAUUUUUUGUUGCCAUUAAUAAGGUCAUUCGUUCAAAUAGAAGGCUAAACGAAUGGUUUUUAAGAAACUCAAGCCAGGCCGCAAGGAAUCGUAACCUGCAGCUAUCGGAGCCUCAGUUGGAACAAUUUGGAAAUGAAGAAAACGACAAUUUAGUUGACACUCUAUUAAUGGAGCUAGACCAUCAGACACAGUUAGCACUAAACACUCACAAUGGUAAUAACUUCAACGGAAUUGGUUUACAUGAAAAAAAUAAUCCUGAAGCUAGCUCUUCCUCAGCAAAUAACUUGACGAAUAAUUUGGUUUCUGGUUUUGCCAGUCCAAGGGCAGAGGAUGUUCUUAUGACUAACUCUUCGAUGCUGCCCACCACGAAUUUUCCACCUUUCCACAACGCCUUAUCCAUCACAACACCAAGCACGUCGGCGAUAACCAAGAAAGAAGAAGAUCAAGGUUAUCCCUCUCUUGCUCUCAGUGAAAGCACAAAGAAUCUUUGUAACUUAUUUAGCCAAAUUACCGAUGACAUGGCUGCAAGUGCAUCUAAUUCCUUUUCCAAUUUGCUUCAGUUGGGCACUUCAGAACAUGAGGACGUCAAAAAUAACUAUUCAUCUGUACAGUAG